GGUGGAGCACGUCUUGAGACCAGGUCUGCCAGCUGCAGCAGGCCUCCAGGAGCUGCAGCGCAACCUCACUGGUGAGCUGCUGUGGUCUCCCGGGUGUGGCAGCGGAACCCUGCCAAUGACCUGCGUCGGACUGAGGGCGUGGCAGCGGACCCCCGCUAAUGACCAGCAGUGGUUUCCUAAGUGCCACAGCAGACUCACACCGAAGAGCCAUGCCUGGCUCUCCAGGAGCUACAGUGGACCCUUGCCGGCAAGCUGCUGGAAUCUCCCAAGUGCGGUGGUGGACCCCCACCAGCCAGCCAUGGCUGGCUUCUGGAAACUACAGUGCCCCUCACUGGCAAGCUGUUGCAAUCUACUGGGCUAUAUGGGGCCAAGAGCUGUGAUCCAGAUCUAAGGAUCAGGUCUGGGCAGCAGGUCUGGGGGAGCAGAUCUGCAGACCAGGUGUUCAUGCCUGGGUCAUGGGAACCCGAUCUGGGAACUCUGUACUGGGAAGAGCUCUGUGGGAUCCAGCUCUAGGGAGCAGGUGUGGGGAGCAGAUCUGGGUACAAGGUAUGAAGAACAGAUAUGGGGACAAGAUCUUGGGCUCAGGAUGAGGACAGCACAGCUCUGUACAGCACAGCAGAGCUCUGUGCCUACUCAGGUGAGCUGCCAUGCAGAUCCCAAACUUCUCCACGAAAAAUCUCCAUCUGUUUCAGGAAAACACAAGCAAUGAGGAGGAUUCACUGCUUUGUGCAGUAAACUUUUUUGGAGAGGGGGAGAACGUUCACGCUGCCUGGGGGGUAUAAAAGGAACAGUUGGGGGCUGCAGGGCUUGGAGUGUCAUUCCUUUGGGUGUCUGAGAAUUCUACAUUUGAGGUGUACUGAGGGAGGUAUGGGGGAAGACAACGCAACUAGCCAGGUGCAGCCAAGCCAGACAAGGUGUUAGGGGUGGUGAUAGAGGGAGCCCAAGCAUCAGGGAAGCAGAAACUGCUGGGGAUGUGGCCCUGGGUGGGUGCCCCCUGUGGCCCAUCAUUGUGAGUGCACGUGACCCACUGAACCCACAUCCUUUUCCCUGCUGACUCCUCACCCCUUGCCCUAUGGAACAGGUUGUCCUUGUCCCCUCUGGGCUUGUGCCAUCCAACACCCCAAUGAAGCCCCGUUCCUCUUGCAAAUGCUAGGUUAUCCCACCAGAACAGGACACAGCCAGAAACCCUGGGCUGCUGCAUAGCAUGAUUCCUCCCUUCUUUCUGGGGAUGUGGGAGAGAAAUCAAAGUGUCUUGUCCUCCCACAGGAAACAGGAACAUCCCCAUGGAGCUGAGGACCCCAGGUGGAGGUGCACAAUCUCAGUGGAGAAGACUGCCCUCACAUCAGCCACGGCCAAGCAGUGUGUGUGAAGAAGAGAAGGCAGGACCCCACUGGGAGAGGAGACGAGAGCAGCCCCUGCACAUGAUGCGGCUCCCAGAGUUCCCAGGAUCCCUGACUGUGACAAUCCUCAGAGGUUGCUGCAGCUGGAGGAGGGAGAAACCCCAGGGAGUCUGCCCUUGUUCCCCCAGCAGAGUCAUUUCCGGCAGCUCUGUUCUCUUGGGGCUGGGAGGUGCUUUUCUGACUCUCUCUCCCACAGCAAACAAGAGGGUCGGUCUCAGCAUGCACCGUGGGUAUCUCAUCCUCACUGCCUUCCUGGGGCAACUGCUGGAAACCAUGGGGCAGGUGUCCAUCACCCAGGAAGAAGGACAAGUCUCCGUGGAGCAGGGAAACACCUUCCAGACAAAUUGCACAUAUGAAACCUCCUACUUUCAGGGAUUGCUCUGGUACAAGCAAAAGAAGGGACAAGCCCCUCAGCUGAUUACACAUCAAGCAGUAGCAGGCACCAAGCAGAAGGACCGUUUCACCACGGAGCUGAACACUAAGGGGAAAUCCAGUGUUCUGCAUCUGAAGGAAGUCGAGCUCUCUGACAGCGCCUUGUACCUCUGUGCUGUGCGUGACACCCUGGUGCACAGAGCUGCCCUGGCUGAGCAACAACUCUGGAUGUGGAGGGGAUGUGUCUGUGCAAGGCAGAGCUCUGGGAUGGGGCACUCAACUCUCCCCUGGCUGUGCUGUUUCCCCUGUUCACUCCAAGAUCUACCAGCCCAAUCCUCUUUCCCAAACAGCCUGAUGUCUUUGGCUGUGCAGAGAGGGCUGACCUUGACUGGUUGACAUGGGCCACAGUGCUCUACUUUCCUCCCUUUUUGGGCUGCCAGACUAGGGCAGAGCCUGCUGGGAAACAGAACUCCCCUGGGGGCUUGCCCUCAGCCCCUCAUCCCCAGGGUGAGUAAAUUCCUUCAAGCCCAUGAUAAAGCUGUUUGCUUUGAGCCCUGGCUAGCCCAGGCCAGAGACCCCUAGAUGUAGUUCUGACAGAGAUUUACAGGGUACUUCCCUCUCUUCAAUGAGUCAGUCAAUAGCAAUGGAUUUGCAUCCCAGCCACCAGGUUAUCUGCAGACCUCCAGCCAGUCCAUGUCCAAAGCCUGUGCCUGAGGUAC